AUGCGCGACGCGUUCGCGCUGAAAUUCUGGAGCGAGCCGAGCGAGAAGUCGACGAGAUUUCUCGCGCGCCUGCGGGUUUUCAAGGUGAUGCAAGCGGCGGUGGCGGCGCGAGCGGCGCAGCGAGCGGCCGCGGAGGCGACGCGACGCAAGCUUCAGUGGCGCCGGCUCCAUAAAGAGCUCCCGAUCGACGUCUUGUGGCGGGACGAAGACGGCUGGAUCAGAAGGUGUGAGGCAGUAGUGGAAACGGUCACCGUGCGGUACACGCACGCGGGCAAGGUCUACACGCAGGCGGGCGUGGUCGCCGACGACUUGGGCCCCGGCGGCUUCUACUUCGGCGAGGACGACGGCGGCGGCGGCGACGGCCGCAGGGACGACGGCGGCGACGGCGACAGCUGCAAGGACGGCGCCGGGGCCAUGGGCUUGGACGCGGGCGAGCUCUCCGUCGCCGUCAUCUCCGACGACGACGUCUCCGACGACGACGACGGCUUCGACAGCGACGACGGCGACGACGGCGAGGACGAGCAGCGGCGGCCGCGCGCGCUCCCGCCGGAACGGCCGCGCGCGCUCCCGCCGGAGCCCAGCGGCUCGUCCGCCGCGGACGCGAAGAAGGCCGAGGUCGUGGCCCAGAUGGACGCCGCGCUGGCGUCGACGGCGCGCGUCGAGCCCGGAGACCGCCCCGAAUUUGGGCUGCCCAUCAAGGCCGAGUGGCUCGAAAAGAUCCUGCGCGGGGAGAAGACCGUCGAGCUCCGCGGCAAGGGCACGGCCAAGGUCGGCCAGCGGAUUGGAUUGAUCUGCUCCAAGUCGUCAAUGGUCAUGGGCGAGUGCUUGUUGGCCGAGGCCCGGGGCCCGCUGACCAACGUCGAGCUACUCGAGCUCCAGCCGCAGCACUGCGUCCACGCGCGCGACGACGGCGAGCCCGACACGGCCGACGAGCUCCGCGAAAGCGUCGAGUACAAAAAGGUCCACGCCUGGGUCUUCGAGGACGUCAUCGUCUACGAGACCUUCAUCCCCUACGAGCACCCGCGCGGCGCCGUCGGCUGGAUUGACCUCACGAAGGCCGUCGUGGAGCGCCCCCAAAUGUCCGAGGUCCAAACAAUUAUUCGACACGACGUCGACGUUCGGCCCCGCGCCGCCCAGACGACGUCGAAUUCACGGAGCUAG